AUGUCGCCCGAUUCUUCCGCGUUUUCUCCUUCUCGCGCAGUUUUUGGAAGGACCUUAUCUACUCGUCGCAGCCUCGCCCUCAAGGCCCUCUCGCUCGUGAGCUUUCCGGGAUCGUCAACCAUUACUCUGCUAGCAAAUCCCGGAGACACUGGCGGAGAUAUCGGCGGAGAUAUCGGCGGAGAUACCGGCAGUGGCGGCGAAAUUGGGGGAGGGGGCGAUGCGGGGGAAGGCGGAGAACCUGGCGGACCUGGCGGAGACGUCGGCGGCGAUCAGGGCGGUCCUGAGGGCCCCCCUGGUGGCGACAACGGGGAUACCGCCAGUGGCGGAGAUCCCGGCAGUGGCGGCGACGUUGGGGGAGGCGAGGACGGCCCGCCACUGAUCGGCGCUGGCGGAAAGGGAGGAAAGGGCGGAAAGGGAGGGAAAGGUGGAAAGGGCGGAAAGGGAGGAAAGGGCGGAAAGGGAGGGAAAGGGGGCAAGGGGGGAAAGGGAGGGAAACCUGGUAACCAGCAGGGUGGAGCUGGCGGAGAGCAGGGGGAAGCUGGCGGAGAGCAAGGGGGAGCUGGCGGAGAGCAGGGGGGAUCUGGCGGACAGCAGGGAGGAUCUGGUGGAGAGCAGGGCGGGGCUGUUGAGGGGCAGGGGGGGUCAGGGGGGGCGGAUGGUAGCCAGACUGGGGGCAUAACGAGCACCGGAAAGGGCGGAAAGGGAGGAAAGGCUGGGAAAGGCGGAAAGGGUGGGAAAGGAGGGAAAGGGAGCAAGGGGGGAAAGGGAGGGAAACCUGGUAACCAGCAGGGCGGACCUGGCGGAGAGCAAGGGGGAUCUGGCGGAGAGCAAGGUGGGGCAGGCGGAGAGCAGGGGGGAUCCGGCGGAGACCAGGGAGGACCCGGCGGAGAGCAGGGGGGAUCUGGUGGAGGGGCUGGCGGGGAGCAGGGUGGGGCGGAUGGUAGCCAGACUGGGGGCACAACGAGCACCGGAAAGGGCGGAAAGGCUGGGAGGGGCGGAAAGGGUGGGAAAGGAGGGAAAGGGGGCAAGGAGCUGGUUACCAGCAUCGUCCUUUGGCUGCUGCUCAAUCUUCUCGUUCCCCUGCUCUUCAAGCGCGCGGAGUUCUCUCUCCGCGCAUCCCCCUUGCACUGGCGCUGGCUGCGCGGAGGCAGGAGGAGGGGGAGCCUCAAGCGGAAGCGCAGGGCAAGGGGAGGCGAAUGCGAUAGUCAAGGGGGAGGAAGUGCCCAAAGCGAAUGUGCUAAUAAAGGGGUCGGAGGAGGCUUGGAUAGCAGCGGAGAGGAGGAUUGGGGGGAGAGUGGUGGGAGAAGGGGAGGGGCGGAUGGAGGGGAGAUGAGGGGGAGUAAGGGAGAGGUAGGGGGAAACGAUGGGAGAGCACAGGGCGAAAGGGAGCGAGAAGGGGUUACCCUCACAAGUGGGGUUACAUCUAGCAUAGGGUACAUUCAGGUCCACACCACGUGCUUCAACCCUUGGCUAGAGCGGCUUCGCAUGCUGCCUGCUAAGUCAGCUACCAAGAGCCUGCGUCGCCUUCCUAUUGGCCUCUCUGGUGCGUGUGUGCAUACAACCCUCCCUCAUCUCUCCCCAUUCGCAUUCACAUGGGGGGUCAUUGCAGCCUGCGUCGCCUUCCUAUUGGCCUCUCUGGUUCUUCUAUGGGACGGCCUUGUUGCUUCCCUCCUCGUCCCUCUCCUCCGCCACCUCUCCACCUCAUCCCAGCACCUAGCGGAACAGCAGCGCUUUUACCCUCACACCCACUCUCACAACCACUCUCACUACAGUCACAUCCCUUCUGCUGUAAACGCCUCUUUCGGACCUUCCUCUCCUGUCGUCGCCCUCUCUAGAGCAACGGGUGCUGCAGCGUCCCUUGCAGCACAGCAAGCGUCCCAUGCAGCACAGCAAGCCGUCCAAGCAGCAGAGCCACACCCCGCUGCCCCAGCAGAACCAGCAACGUCCGCCACUCCUGCUGCGACCUCUUCCUCCCUGCAUCUUCUACAGCCUGUGCGUGCCUUGCAGCACAGCAAGCUGUCCAAGCAGCACAGCAAGCUGUCCAAGCAGCACAGCAAGCUGUCCAAGCAGCACAGCAAGCUGUCCAAGCAGCACAGCCACACCCCGCUGCCCCAGCAGAGCCAGAUGCGCAUGCUGCACGGCAAGCAAGCAACCGCCCCUGCCUCUGCUGCGACCCCACCAUCCUCGCUUCACGUGCUACAGCCAGUGGUGCUGCCAGGUGUCAACAUGCCAUUGGCCGAUCUCGGGUACCUCUUUAUAGCCACGCUUAUCAGCCUGGCGUGGCAUGAGGCAGGGCACGCCGUAGCUGCUGCCGUGGGAGUAGAGGGAGUGCGAGUGCAGCACGUGGCAUGCUUCCUCCUCGCUCUGCUGCUCCCCGGAGCACACGUGGCCUUCCAUCCCGCCGACUUCCACGCCCUGCCUCCCUUUCGCCUGCUGCGAAUCCUCUCUGCCGGCAUAUGGCACAACAUGGUGGUGAGUGCUGGCAUAUGGCACAACAUGGUGGUGAGUGCUGGCAUAUGGCACAACAUGGUGGUGAGUGCUGGCAUAUGGCACAACAUGGUGGUGAGUGCUGGCAUAUGGCACAACAUGGUGGUGAGUGCUGGCAUAUGGCACAACAUGGUGGUGAGUGCUGGCAUAUGGCACAACAUGGUGGUGAGUGCUGGCAUAUGGCACAACAUGGUGGUGAGUGCUGGCAUAUGGCACAAUAUGGUGGUGAGUGCUGGCAUAUGGCACAACAUGGUGGUGAGUGCUGGCAUAUGGCACAACAUGAUGGUGAGUGCUGGCAUAUGGCAAAACAUGGUGGUGAGUGCUGGCACAUGGCACAACAUGGUGGUGAGUGCUGGCAUAUGGCACAACAUGGUGGUGAGUGCUGGCAUAUGGCACAACAUGGUGGUGAGUGCUGGCAUAUGGCACAACAUGGUGGUGAGUGCUGGCAUAUGGCACAACAUGGUGGUGAGUGCUGGCAUAUGGCACAACAUGGUGGUGAGUGCUGGCAUAUGGCACAACAUGGUGGUGAGUGCUGGCAUAUGGCACAACAUGGUGGUGAGUGCUGGCAUAUGGCACAACAUGGUGGUGAGUGCUGGCAUAUGGCACAACAUGGUGGUGAGUGCUGGCAUAUGGCACAACAUGGUGGUGAGUGCUGGCAUAUGGCACAACAUGGUGGUGAGUGCUGGCAUAUGGCACAACAUGGUGGUGAGUGCUGGCAUAUGGCACAACAUGGUGGUGAGUGCUGGCAUAUGGCACAACAUGGUGGUGAGUGCUGGCAUAUGGCACAACAUGGUGGUGAGUGCUGGCAUAUGGCACAACAUGGUGGUGAGUGCUGGCAUAUGGCACAACAUGGUGGUGAGUGCUGGCAUAUGGCACAAUAUGGUGGUGAGUGCUGGCAUAUGGCACAACAUGGUGGUGAGUGCUGGCAUAUGGCACAACAUGGUGGUGAGUGCUGGCAUAUGGCACAACAUGGUGGUGAGUGCUGGCAUAUGGCACAACAUGGUGGUGAGUGCUGGCAUAUGGCACAACAUGGUGGUGAGUGCUGGCAUAUGGCACAACAUGGUGGUGAGUGCUGGCAUAUGGCACAACAUGGUGGUGAGUGCUGGCAUAUGGCACAACAUGGUGGUGAGUGCUGGCAUAUGGCACAACAUGGUGGUGAGUGCUGGCAUAUGGCACAACAUGGUGGUGAGUGCUGGCAUAUGGCACAACAUGGUGGUGAGUGCUGGCAUAUGGCACAACAUGGUGGUGAGUGCUGGCAUAUGGCACAACAUGGUGGUGAGUGCUGGCAUAUGGCACAACAUGGUGGUGAGUGCUGGCAUAUGGCACAACAUGGUGGUGAGUGCUGGCAUAUGGCACAACAUGGUGGUGAGUGCUGGCAUAUGGCACAACAUGGUGCACAUGUGGCCUUCCAUCCCAUCUUCUCUCUGCCUGCCUCCUGCCCGCCUGCUGAGAGUGCUUUCCACCGGCACAGUGGCGCAACAUAGUGGUGAGUCUUGUGCAUUGAGUGUCGAAGUAGAACAGGUGGGCUGCGGAGGCGCAACAGUGGCGCAACAUGGUGGUGAGUCUUGUGCAUUGAGUGUCGAAGUAGAACAGGUGGGCUGCGGAGGCGCAACAGUGGCGCAACAUAGUGGUGAGUCUUGUGCAUUUCUGCAUGGCUUGGCACCACCCUCUCUUGUUUUCUCUCUUGUGAGUCUUCCAACCUUUUCACUUCCACUCCCUGCCUUCCCCUUGCCUGCUGAGAGUGCUUUCCGUCACCAGCUGGCGCAACAUAGUGCUGUCUCUGCUGCUCCUCUCCUCUCCCCCUUUCUCCAAACCGCGCUCUUCCUUCCUCUCUACCCCAUCUUAUCCACCCUGUUCCCAUCUUUCCCUACCCAUCUGAUCUGGCCCCACUCCCACCUAUGCAGCUGUCUCUGCUCGCUCUGCUGCUCCUAUCCUCUCCCCUCCAAGCGGUCCUCUUCCUUCCCCUCUACUCCCAGUCACCACCAGGCCUUAAGUCCCCCCCCAGGCCUCAAGGUUACAUCCGUGCAUCCGCUCUCCCCUCUCUUCAGUCACAUUCGCCCAGGAGACUCCUUACUAGUACUUGACCACACUCCGCUUUCCUCUCCUGCCGACUACACUCACCUCCUCUCCCAUCUCUCCCACCUCUCCCACGUCUCCUACCCUCUGCCUCCUUCGAUCCCUCCCUCACCUCCUUCCCGUGGGUAUUGCAUUUCCCUCUCGGCCAAUCACAAGCUGCCACCUGGAUUCCUGACUCCUCCAGCCUUUCCAGCCAAUGGGAUCCGUCUGCAUGGCCCCAGUCCUUCCUCAUCACCAUCUGCUGCUCCUAGUGCAGUUUCAGCCCUCCCCCUACUCACCCUCCUCCUCCUCCACCUCUUCCUCCUUUUCCAGCUCCUCUCCUUCCUCCUCCACUUCCUCCACUCCCUCCUCUCUAGAAUUUCAGCGCCAUUGUGGGGCCCUGUGGUGGUGACACGUGUCGCUCUCUUUGUCUUCCACGUGUCCAAUGCUCUCGCCCUCAUCAACGCUGCUCCGAUUUUCUUCCUUGAUGGAGAGGCCGUUCUCUCAGACUUCCUCCGCCUGGUUCUCCCUUUUCCCUCGCAUCCUCUCUCCUCCCAUCCUCUCUCCUCCCAUCAUCUGCACCUCCGUCACCAACAGCAAAUCAUUCGCCACCAUCGUAUCCUCACGAGUGUCCUUUAUGGGGGCUCUUUCCUACUUUUCGUCUCCCUGGCUUCAUCUAUAAUGUUUUCUCAUACAUGA